AUGGGAAUCCCGGUUGGUGAAGAUGGUGUAGCUAGACCGCUUCUGGCUCCAUUGGACUUGACAGUUCAUCAAGGGAGGAAGUGUUUAGUAUUGGAUUUGGACGAGACAUUGGUGCAUUCUAGUUUCAAAAUGAUUCCACAAUCAGAUUUUGUAGUCCCAGUAGAGAUCGAGAACGCAGUUCAUAAUGUAUACGUCAUCAAGCGACCUGGGGUAGAUGAGUUCAUGAGGAAGAUGGGCGAGAUUUAUGAAGUAGUCGUGUUCACUGCCUCAUUGUCGAAAUACGCAGAUCCCGUGCUCGAUAUGCUCGAUAUCCAUCAUGUUGUCAAACAUCGUCUGUUUAGAGAAAGUUGUUAUAACCACAAAGGAAAUUAUGUCAAGGAUUUGUCACAACUCGGAAGACCGAUUGGGGAUACAAUCAUCAUUGAUAACUCACCUGCUUCGUAUAUCUUUCAUCCAAGCAACGCUGUACCAGUCUCGUCAUGGUUCAAUGAUCCACAUGACACUGAGUAG